AACAUGUGUUGAGAAUGAGAAAUAGUCUGAUUGGUCAGAUUGUCUGUCCAGGACCUUGAGAUUCAGGGUUCUAUUCUCAUUAGGGGGUUUGGGAUUUGGACAGUUUUACAUCCGCUGUGGUGACGGCUUAGCGUGUUCAUGUGGAAUACAUGUUAUUCGAUAAAGACAAACAAUUUCUUUAUCCAUUUAUAUAUGUGAUGAAAAUCCGUGCCUUACAAAUGUCGCAACGUAGACAUUUUGGCUCUUUCCUGGUGUCUGGUAUGCAAAAGUCCGAGGUUAGAUGGUCCUUAUAAUGCAAAGAGUUAUCAACACACCUCAACAAAAGCCAAGAGACCUUGUUUGCAGCCGGUAUGUGCUGGAAACUCUCACAAGGAAAAACAAGGUACAAUCGGAGCAACAUAACCAAAGCUUCCCUCCAACUAUAAGGCCGUGCCCGAUCUCGUUUGAGAUUCUCAACAAAGGGAUAUUCACCCUGCCCCUAUCCAGCAGGUUCUGAUUUUGGUCUCUCUCCCAAAGCCAUCAUGGGAUCUCUUGGGGAGGAGAAAGUGGAAGCAGCUCAACUACCUACAAGGUCGUCCCUUUUCAGGUACAAUUCACCUCUGAUUCAAGUUAGCUUGAUCGGUUUAGUUUGCUUCUGUUGCCCUGGCAUGUUCAAUGCCCUCUCUGGUAUGGGAGGUGGUGGUCAGGUUGACCCAACAGCAGCCAACAAUGCUAAUACUGCUCUGUAUACAACUUUUGCCGUCUUUGGAGUCCUUGGUGGUGGAAUCUAUAACAUUUUUGGUCCUCGUCUUACCCUCGCUGCUGGCUGCUCCACCUAUGUUCUUUAUGCUGGCUCUUUCCUUUACUACAACCACCACCAAGACCAAACCUUUGCCAUUGUUGCUGGUGCUGUGCUUGGCAUUGGUGCAGGCCUUCUUUGGGCUGGACAAGGAGCUAUGAUGACUUCCUAUCCUUCUCCUGGCCGCAAAGGGAUCUAUAUCUCGCUUUUCUGGUGUAUUUUCAACAUGGGUGGUGUCAUUGGUGGCCUCAUCCCUUUCAUCCUCAACUACAAACGCAAAGAGGCUGAAACUGUGAGUGACAGCACCUACAUAGCCUUCAUGUGUUUCAUGUCUGCUGGUGCGCUUAUUUCCUUUGCAAUUCUGCCUCCGAGUCGUGUCAUUAGAGGUGACGGUACUCGCUGCACCAACAUCAAGUAUUCUAAAGUCUCCACUGAGGUCAUUGAGAUCCUAAAGCUUUUCAAGAAUUGGAAAAUGCUUCUUAUUGUACCUGCUGCUUGGGCUAGCAACUUCUUCUACCCCUACCAGUUCAACAAUGUUAAUGGAAUGAUGUUCAAUUUGAGGACUAGAGGGUUCAAUAAUGUCUUCUACUGGGGCGCACAAAUGUUGGGAUCAGUUGGAAUUGGGUACAUAAUGGACUUCAGCUUUGCAAGUCGAAGAACCAGGGGAUUCGCAGGAAUCGCAAUUGUUGGUCUGAUUGGGACAGCCAUUUGGGGUGGUGGCCUUGCUAACCAGUUGAAGUAUUCCCAUAGCAAUCCUCCAAAGCGUUUGGACUUCAAAGACUCUGGAGAGUUUGCUGGACCAUUUUUUCUCUACUUCUGUUAUGGUUUGCUUGAUGCCAUGUUUCAGAGCAUGGUUUAUUGGGUGAUUGGAGCACUGGCUGAUGAUUCCGAAAUUCUUAGCAGGUAUGCUGGAUUCUACAAGGGAGUGCAGAGUGCUGGAGCUGCAGUCGCGUGGCAAGUUGACACGCAUAAGGUCCCUUUGCUUUCUCAGUUAAUCGUGAAUUGGUCACUUACCACAUUGAGCUAUCCAUUGCUGAUAGUCUUGAUCAUGUUGGCUGUAAAGGAUGAAGACAGACCCAUGGAGGUAGCCCUAGAAGGAUCUGCUUUGUCAUCAGCUCCUACUGCUGCCCGCAAUGAACUUAGCAAGCCUUCUUGAGAUACUCGCCUAGGUUUAUGUAUUUUCUUCCAUUCCUGUCUGGCUUUUUUUGAGAAAAACAAUACAACCUUAAUAGAAAUGUAUUGAUAUUGCAUGAAUCCCAAUCGGGAAACAUGUUUUUUCUUCAAACCGGCAUGCCCUAAACAUUUUUUCUAUUGGUAUUACUCGUGGAAUUUAUGUGAACUACCCAUGAAAAUCUAAC